CGCCUCCUUAUCACCCUUCUUAUCCAUCCUCCUUCCGCACACUUUCAAAUGGCGCAAGUCCCUCCACAAUCGACCAACCCGCCAUCCUUCCUGCUCAAUUCCAAGGUUGUGUUUGGCAGUCGUCCGAGACGAAGCAAGAAUGGGUUUCCUGUUGUACUCUGGACUGCUUUCUAAUGGGAAAAACAUUUUCUUGGAUAACACUUUGCACCGUGAACGGUAUUACUGGAGCGUGGCUGAUAUCAGCAGAAGUGUAUCGGUGAAGUUAGGUCCUUGUAAAUGGAACCUACGUCGCGUGAAUUUGUUGAAAGUUCAUUGUAAAGGAGGAUCCAAACAUCCAAAUGUUUUCUCAGAAGUAAUUGAUAAGAAGAGUAUAUCAAGCCAUGUUGUUUGCGAAGUUAUAGCUGAGGUUAAGAAGAAAUUAGAUUUUCGAUGGGCAGUAAAUAUUGAUUUUUGGAAGAAAUGGAGCUACAUCCGGAGUGUGGCAGCCUUGUUGGCACUUACAAUGAUGAUUGUUCCGAUGGCAGAUGCUGUGGAUGCUUUAAAAGUUUGCUCGUGCUUACUCAAGGGUUGCAGGUUAGAACUUGCAAAGUGCAUAGCGAACCCGUCGUGUGCAGCUAACGUAGCGUGUCUUCAGACCUGUAAUAAUAGGCCGGACGAGACAGAAUGCCAGAUAAAAUGUGGAGAUUUAUUUGAAAACAGUGUGGUAGACGAAUUCAACAACUGUGCAGUCUCGCAAAAGAAAUGUGUGCCGCGUAAAUCUGAUGUAGGCGAGUUCCCCGUACCAGACCCCGCCAUUCUAGUCCAGAAAUUUGACAUAAAUGAUUUCAAUGGGAAGUGGUUCAUAACCAGCGGCUUAAAUCCGACAUUCGACACCUUCGAUUGCCAGCUACACGAGUUCCAUACAGAAGCAGGCAAACUCAUCGGAAACAUAUCGUGGCGAAUAAGGACUCCAGACACCGGUUUCUUCACUCGAUCGACACUCCAGAAAUUUGUUCAAGAUCCGAAGUAUCCCGGAAUAUUAUACAAUCACGACAACGAGUUUCUUCACUACCAAGACGACUGGUACAUUCUAUCGUCGAAGGUGGAAAACCAACCGGACGACUACAUAUUUGUGUACUACAGAGGCAGCAACGAUGCUUGGGAUGGUUACGGCGGCGCAGUCGUGUACACAAGAACUGCAGUUUUGCCCGACAGCAUUAUACCUUCACUGGAGAAGUCCGCAGAAAGUGUCGGCCGUGACUUCAAUAAGUUCAUCCGGACCGACAACUCUUGCGGGCCCGAGCCGCCGCUGGUUGAGAGGCUGGAGAAGACGGUGGAGGAAGGGGAGGAGAUAAUCGCGAAAGAAGUCCAAGUUAUCGAAGAUGAGGUGAUCAAUACGGAAACAAGUUUGCUCGAGAAGCUGUCGCGGGGGCUUCGAGAGCUCGGAAAAGACCGCGAUUUCUUCCUCAAUGAGCUAAGUAAGGAAGAAAUGGAUCUGUUGAGUGAGCUGAAGAUGGAGGCCAGUGAAGUAGAGAAGCUGUUCAGCAGAGCUAUACCAUUGAGAAAACUGAGGUAAGUAUGUAUCUAUAUGUCUCUAUUUCUUUACUUGUUUAUAUAUAGAGAGGGUGAUUUAUAAUUAUUGUUGUUAUUAUUAUUAUUAUUAUGUGCUGAAUUUGGGUUAGGAAUUAUACUUGAAUGGUAUAACAAAUAUGUUUGGGUUUAA